UCGCUCGUUUUGUAGCAAUCCGCAUUGUGCCACCGUUUGCUUGGCAUUUUAUAUAGUAAUCCUUGCCUUUGAGUUCCUCUUCUACCUCUGCAACUCACUCAUUGAUCAAGUUCGAUGGUGAUAUCAUUUUCCUCCACGCUGCUCUCUGUUCCUCUGAUCCUUCUCCUCCUCCUCUGCCAUGCUGCGUUGCUACUUGGGAUUUAAUCUAAUCCUUGCCUUUGAGUUCCUCCUCUACCUCUGCAACUCUCUCAUUGAUCGAGUUCGAUGGCAUCAUUUUCCACGCCGCUCUCUGUUCCUCUGCUCUUUCUCCUCCUCCUGUGCCAUGCUGCCUUGCUACUUGGAAAAUCUCAUCGUCCUCCUUCUUCCUGCGGCGACAUCGACAUACAAAAUCCAUUCCGGCUAUGCGGCGAUCCUGACGGAUGCGGCAACGAUAGCUUCGAACUCAGCUGCGAGGGAAACCGCACAGUCUAUAGUGACUCCCAUUCUGAGAAAUACUUGGUCACUGAGAUCUCAUAUCGAUUUUAUGCCACAACGCUCCGGCUCAUGCACAGUGGUUUCUUGUCCGACACGAAUUGCCGUCUUCCCAACCAUUCUUUCAAGAGCAAUACAUUUCAUAUGGGCCGGCGGUUUGAUGAACAAUACAGGAUUUUAUGGGCCAGUUUCAUGAACUGCACGCAGGAGGUAGAAAGUCAGGAGUAUGUGGCAGUCCCUUGCCUUCGCGGCAGCAGCUCAACUACAUACGUCGUCGUUAACGACAACUCGUAUCAGCUAUUGUAUCUCAAGAACUCAUGUAGCUUCUUAACCACUGUGCCAGUCGAGAACUUGCUAAGUCCAGGUGAUCACGACAUCUUUAAACUCCUGCGAAACGGAUUCCUGGUAUACUGCACUCCAUUACACUCGGUGAAAUUCUGUUGGGAAGGACUAAAGUACGAGGCUCUUGUAACUUUUGCAGGUCCUAGUCUCCUUUCCCAGAUUACCUAUGCCAUCCUUUUUGGGCUUGAAUUCCUGUCGUGCGUCUGCAAUAAUCGGGCCUUAGCGGAUGUUCUUGGAAUACUCGCCCUUGUUUUGCGGUAUCUCUUUCUUGCCUCACUAGUGGCGAGAUUAAUAUUGGCACCUCUGUGUGCCUUUGGAUUCCUCCUACUCAAUUGCUGGAGGAGAGCACGAGCACCCGAGGACGCCGUCGAGAAGUUCCUUCGCAACCAACAGCAAUCUCUUUCGCCCACGCGCUACGCCUACACGGACAUCGUCGCCAUGACCGGCCACUUCAGGGAACGGCUAGGCCAAGGCGGCUUCGGCGCCGUCUUCAAGGGCCACAUCAUGGGAACAUACCCUGUCGCCGUUAAGCUCCUGGGCGGAUCCAACUUUCACGGCCAAGAUUUCAUCAACGAGGUGGACACCAUCGGAAGAAUCCACCACCUGAACGUCGUGCGCCUUCUCGGGUUUUGCUCGGAGGGAUCGAAGAGGGCGCUGGUCUACGAGUUCAUGCCCAACGGGUCGCUCGACAGGUAUAUUUUCUCCUCCAAAUCCAAUCGCAAUGGAGCAUGCAGCAGUAGACGCCGCCUUAGUUCGCGCAAGCUCAAUGAGAUUGCCUUGGGCGUGGCAAGAGGCAUCAACUACCUCCACACCGGAUGCCACAUGCAGAUCUUGCACUUCGACAUCAAGCCGCACAACGUUCUCCUCGAUCACAAUUUCACCCCCAAGGUUUCAGAUUUCGGACUGGCAAAGCUCUGCCCCAAGGACUGUAGCCUAGUCUCUAUGAGUGCCGCAAGGGGGACGAUUGGAUAUAUAGCACCCGAGUUGAUCUCUCGAAGCUUUGGGAUCAUAUCGUACAAGUCCGAUGUGUAUAGUUUCGGGAUGCUGCUCUUGGAGAUUGCUGGCAGAAGGAGGAAUGUGGAUCACAAAGCAGAGAAUUCGAGCCAAAUUUAUUACCCUUCGUGGAUUUAUGAUCAACUCGUGCAACUACAGGAAUUUGGAGGAGCAGAGGCUGAUGAUAUUAACUUGGAAAUCGAUGAAAUCGAGAGAAAGUUAUCCAUGGUGGGACUCUGGUGCAUACAGAUGAAAUCAUAUGAUCGUCCCUCCAUGAGCGAGGCUGUGGAGAUGCUGGAGGGGGAUAUAAACAACAUCCACAUGCCACCCAAGCCAUUCUUUUCCUCCACACAAUCACAGUCACAAUCGAAUCUUGUUAAGGUAUCAUAUGUUCAGUCAUCUUCUGUAGGGUUGCAUGGUAUCUCAGACAACGAUGAUCUUUCAGAACUUGAAUAGCCUGAUAAAUUAGUUCAGAUAGAUAGUAUAUGUUUUCGGUAUUGUUCAAUAUGUACUCAACAGGCUUGCUCAUCCUAGUUAUCGUUCUAUCUUUUUUGACGGAUGCAUUUGGAUUCUGAAGGAAUUAGAGGAUGUCUAAUUUCGGUCUAAUUACAUGCAUUCAAUAUCGCCAUUGUUUUAUUUUGAGAUGGAGAAGUUCUAUACUGUAACUUUUGGCAGAUUUUUUAGU